AUCUUCAUAUUUGUUUUUCUAAUUGACCGCUAGAUGGAGGAAGAGCAGAUUAGAUGAAGUAGUCAGCUGUAUCUUCAGUAGUGUUUAGACGACAGGAACGUUUAGUUCAAUAAUUAUUUCGCAAAUAGAAGCCAUUUAUACAUUUAUGGUGUUUCAGAAUGUCAGAAAAUCCAGGAAAUCCUUACUCUGUAGGAGGGUUUUCUUAUCCUCAUUCACCUCAGACUAAUAAUCAAUUUCAAAAUUCUGGAAAUGUGUAUCCAUUAAGCACUCCUAAUCAACCGUAUCCAUCAAAUAAUCCUAAUCAACCGUAUCCAUCAAGCACACCUAAUCAACCGUAUCCAUCAAGCACGCCUAAUCAACCGUAUCCAUCAAGCACGCCUAAUCAACCAUAUCCAUCAAGCAAGCCUAAUCAACCGUAUCCAUCAGAAACAGUUAAUAACUCUGAAAAUUUUCAACCAUCUGCACCACCUCUAGACAAAAUAGAAAAGGUUCCUGGAUAUGAAGGAGUUACUUUUGUAACAACAACUUUACCGCCUCCAAUUUAUCCUGAUCUUCCGACUGUUCCUCCAGAACGUCAAGAAAUUCAUAAAGGAGCAGGACUAUCAGUCGAAGAAGUCAGAGAAGCAGCUAUUGAUUACGUUUCACAACAUUGUUGUUAUGGAAAAGAUACAGUUGAAAAUAUGGCUAUUACAAAUAUUUCAAUGUCUAGUGCAUUUCAUUAUAAAUUGGAAACAUUUGCAGAAAAACGUGAAACAAAAUGGGCAUUUGAUCCAUAUAAUGGUGAAAUAUUAGAUACACCUAUGAAUGGAAUUGCACCUGGUCCUUGGGAUAUACCAUUGGCACCAACAAGGGAAUUUAGUGAUUCAGUACAAACAAUGGAAGUUCCUCAUACAGCUUCUGCCAUGUCUUGUCAUGUUUGUGUGGGAGCAUGCAGGGAAAGAUGUCCUAAAUGUCAUGGUGGUUGUACGGAAUUAUGUACUUGGUGUAAUGGCGAUGGUAAAAGAUUUGAUGAAACUUGUAAUCAUUGCAAUGGAAUUGGAAGACACAGGUGUAAUAAAUGUAAUGGUACUGGACUAGUCAAAUGUAGGACUUGUUCUGGAAAAGGAAGUUUAAAAUGCUAUGUAAAACUGACUGCUACUUGGAAAAAUCAUGUUGAUGAUUUUAUCGUCGAGCAAACAAAUUUGCCAGAUGAGUUAAUCCGAGAUGUAACCGGCCACAUUGCCUUUGAAGAACAACAGCUUAGGGUAUGGCCCAUCAAUCAUUUUCAACCUAGUAUUAAUGAUGCAUCUAAUCAACUGGUACAAAAACAUAACCAAGCAUUUCAAAUGGAACGAAUUCUACAACAAAGACACAAAGUAAGAAUUGUUCCGGUGGCCGAAGUAAAAUACAAUUGGAAAGACAGAAGCGGACAGUUCUUCGUAUACGGAUUUGAGAAUAAAGUCUACUUUCCAGAUUAUCCGCAGUCCUGUUGCUGGGGAUGUAGUAUUUUAUAAACCUGCUAUAAUGUAAAGAUAGGUAUAAAUUUUAAUCAAAGUGUUCCUAAUUUUUGCUUUGCCAUAUUUGUAAUUUGAAGAAUUGAUUUUUUUGAAGAUAUUUUUUAUAAAUUUAUAUAAUAUACUGCUUUUAAAUAGCACAUUUUGAUCAUUUUUACCUUAAAAUUGUACCAUCCAAUGGUCUUACUGACCCUUUUUCUAUCACCAUUGUAGAUUUUAGUGUUGCGGCUUUUUAAAAUUUUAUAAUUUAUUAAACAAUUAAAAUUAUAAAAAUUAUGCCAUAUUGAAAUCAAUCAAUCCAAUUAAGUGCAUUCGAAAACUUUCUUAAUUGCUGAAGAGUGUGUAUAUUUUUUCAUUAUAAAUGCCAAAUCAGAAUUAGAAAUAUAUUGUAAGCAUUGUAGAUUGAAUAUACACAGCAAUUGUAUAUUGAUGUAAAGUGAUGUAAAUACAUUAAAACUUCAAAACAAAUGCUUAUUUUAAUGCAUUAUUUGAAGUCUUUUUGAAUGUUUAAAAUUAUAAACUGGAUUUUUAUUUUUACGAAACUGUAAUAUUGAAAAUAUUUUGUUAAAUUGU